CCAAGUCUUGGAUUGGCUGGCGGUGGGACCAUUCCCAGGAGUCACUGACAUACAGCUUAAUCCACCUAACCCUGUGAGACGAGCCCCUCACUUCAGCAGCAGGAGAGCUAGAGGGGGCAGUCCGGGCUCCACUCAGCAAGACAGGCAGGCAGCUUUCUUACCUGCAGCAGGAGAGCAGGUGGGAGAGGGCCAGCAGCAGCCAGAUGUGUGGGCACAGGGGGUCUGAGGAGGGAGGCCACCUCUGGAGCAGCUGGAGGAGGAGAGGGACUCCAGGAUCUCAGAGGAAAAAAAUGGGCAAGAAGGCAUUUCAGAGCCCUGCCAAAGACUCUGGAUUCAAGCUGCCCAAGGACAUGUUUCUGUUUUUAAAGAGGAAGAAAUAAGAAUAUGAAACAUUUUCCCAGAGAGUGAAGGAAAAUAUCUGUUCCUUGGAUAGACACCCAACCAAUCCAGUGGGAUAAUUGCCCCACUAUUCUGCCAUGGACAGUUUCAACUUCUCAACCACACUGGCUUCUUGGGAGGAGAAUUCAACAGCCACCAGCACCAUCUUCAUUUCUGGGAACCUGUCUUUAGCUGCCAGUCUUGGCAUGGAUGUCAGUGGUGUCCUCAUCCCUCUGAUUUACCUCAUAGUCUGUGUGGUAGGGCUAGCUGGAAAUUCCUUGGUUAUCUAUGUGGUUUUGUGUCAUUCAGUGAGUGAAUCGGUGACUAAUGUCUACAUCCUCAACUUGGCAUUGGCAGAUGAACUCUUCAUGCUUGGUUUACCCUUCCUGGCUGCCCAAAAUGCAUUGUCCUAUUGGCCUUUUGGUUCAUUCAUGUGCCGGCUAGUCAUGGCUGUGGAUGCCAUAAACCAGUUCACUAGUAUUUUCUGCCUGACUGUGAUGAGUGUUGACCGUUACUUGGCAGUGGUGCAUCCUGGGAAGUCAUCAAAAUGGAGGACAGCACGCGUGGCCAAGGUGGUUAGUGCCACAGUGUGGGUGCUCUCUUCUGUAGUAGUGCUGCCAGUGGUGGUGUUCUCAGAUGUUCCUUUAGGCAUGAGCACAUGCCACAUCCAGUGGCCAGAGCCGGCUUCUGUAUGGAAAACUGGCUUCAUUGUCUACACAGCUGCACUUGGCUUCUUUGGGCCACUGCUGGUAAUCUGUCUCUGUUACUUACUCAUUGUUGUCAAGGUUCGAUCCUCAGGCAGAAAAGUACGAGCACUGACAGCCAAGCGCAAGCGCUCUGAACGAAGAGUCACACGCAUGGUGGUUGCUGUGGUGGCUGUCUUUGUAUUAUGCUGGCUGCCGUUCUAUGUGCUCAACAUCGUCAAUGUCAUAUGGUCUCUGCCUGAGGAACCAUCGCUUUUCGGCAUCUACUUCCUGGUUGUGGUGCUGCCCUAUGCAAACAGCUGUGCCAAUCCCAUCAUCUACGGUUUCCUCUCCUACCGCUUCAAGCAGGGCUUCCGCAGGGCCCUCCUGAGACCCUCCCGUCGAGUGCAGAGCCAAGAAGUUGCAGCUGCAGCCACCACACCAGAUAAAAUGGAUGAAGAGGAAGAGGAGGAGGAAGAGGGAGAAGAAAUGGAAGCAGGAGUGACUGAGGUCAGCAAGAUCACCCAGAAUGGCAAUGGCAGGCUGGAAUGUGUCCCAAGCAGUGGGACAGGAGGCAGCGAGCAAAAACAACUUCCUGAGGAUCCUGUUAGUUGUGAGAAACCCAGCUUUGUAAACACCAGCUACUUGUAGUGACUAGAAAGAGGCUUCUCUUUCUCAGAACUUCUCUAAGUUUGACUCACGAGGAGCAGUCAACAGUGGAGUCAUUCCUGAUUCAAGGCUUUCCUCAAAGAUGGCAAAGAAGCCGGAAAGGCAUGAAGAAAAAUAAACUGUGGCUUCCAAAUACAGAAGCAAGGCCUAAUACACUCAUUUCCAGUGACCAUUCUGCAGCCAUGAUUGCUGGUUAGAGCAAAGGCUUCUGGGAUAGGGUUUAGGAGAAGGGUUCCUGUUCAGCUAACAUCAUGCAAAUGAAACUUCCUUCGUUACUCUAUAGCUUUUAGCAUACCUUCCAACAUUGCACAGACGAAAA